AUGACUCACGCCUAUUCAAUGUUUCAAACCAAUUUGAAAUCCAAAUUCCCAAUGGUUAGUAUCCGAUAUAAGCAUCGAUCGAUCUAUUUAUCGGUCAGCGAUAUUUCAUCAGUCUCUUAUAAUCAAGAAGGACCGGACACCAGAAUCGAAGCGUUUCGAAAAGAAAGCGUUCUCAUUCAGAAUAAUGAUUUCGUCACAGUUUUUCUAGAUGAUUUACAUCAAAUUUUGAUGGAUCAAACAGAAUUAAUGGAGUCUUUUCAAGUUCAUUAUGAAAUUCCGAGUGGAGUGAAUGAGGAAAAUUAUUAUAAGGAUUAUCUGGAACAUAUUGGAUUCCGGAUUUUCCGACAGAUACUAUCCACCCUUCCACAAAGAACUGGAAAAUUAAAAACUCAAGAAUUUUCAUUUUUUACUCAUAUUUCUGAGUAUUUGCCUCAAAUUCUCUCUUUUUUGGAUCUCAACUCUUUGGAACAAAUACCGAUGGAAAAUUUGAAAAACUUCAAUUUCGCAGAAUUCGAGAAAGUUCUGGAUCUGGAAAUUUGGAGAAAUGAGGAGAAUCCAAAAAAUCAGUUGAGAUUGGUUUUUGGUUUUAAUGAAAUUUCUGAACGUGUUAUGGAAACAAUUGAAAAGGCAUUCUCCAAUUGCUCCUACUUCGAAUCAAUUGUAAUUAAAGCUAAGAUAAUUGACCAAUUAUCUCUAACAAAAACUUUCGGUCCCCCGAAACCAGAAACCGAUCAAUUCGAAGAAGGUCACAGAAUGGAAAUUUCAAAUUCUAAUGGAGACUUGUUAAUUUAUUCAUUUGAAGAUGGUUUUCAUUAUUUUUCUCGAUUCCAAAAAGAUUUGGAAUCUGAAAUUUCAAGUUUGGAGGGGGAUUUGGAAGAAUUAUCAAUCUGUGAAAAUUUGGAAUGCCUGAAUUUAAUUCGAAAUUUACCAGAGAUUCGUCGUGGAGUCAAUGAAUGUGGAAUUGAAAAUAACGUCGUCGCCGGAAAAGCCGACGUGGAUACUUUGUGA